UUUAGUAAAAAAAAACAAUAUGAACGAUUUUGAUUCGGCAGAUGGGCAGGCUGCUGAGGAGGUUGCUGCCGCACCUGAGACCAAGGAGGCUUUUAAGAACGAGAAUUUCAAGCCUUCGAAGUCAACGAAUGAGACAUACACUAACAAGUACAUGAUGGGCUCUCGUAAUCCCAUCACUGGCACUGGAUUAAAUGGGGAUGGUGUCGGUGGUCUAAAGCCCAAGACGGCCAAGGACCGAGGUGGUAAUCCCCUUACUGGUGAGGGAUAUAUUGAGGGUUUCAAUGAUUUCCAAGUGCUCAAGGAAACCAAACAUUUAACUUUACCAUAUUCAGCUGGACAUUGAAAUACGAGCUGACUUUGUUGUCCAGUCAAAAACACAUAAAACAUCUUUUGUCAUGUUUAAAGACGAUCACACUCUGGCUUGCAGUUUAUUUGCAGUUUAUUUCAAAAUUUAUAAAAAUAAAAAAAAGUGGCAUAUUAA